CGCGUCGUUUGCGUACCGCGUUCCAGAGGUGCAGCAAAACGCAGCUGAAGGUUCUUUUCACUCAAUAUGACAAGCCCACAGACGUCGACGGAGUCUCAAGUUGCUACGUCGUCUCAGCAAACAAAAACUGUGCUGACAAGACCGGUAGCAUCACAAAUUGUGCAGCCAGGAAUCAGGAAUUUGGUAGUUGCUCUUCCUGUGUCAUCUCAAGGAUCACCAAUAAGACUAGCCAUGACCACGUGCAGUCCCAUUCUACCAAAACCAGAAAGCAAAGUGACUACCAUUGCUACCCCAUUUCUAGUGAGAGGUCCUAUUGCCAGUGGCAGCCCUAUACAACUUAUUACAGCAGCAUCGGCCGCUCAGACUACUCCACACACUCACACAUGGUCUAGACUAAAUGACAGGAAGAGAAAAGCACAAGCAGAUGGUGAUGCGGUUGAUGGAGAUAGCAGUAAACGGCGGAGAAACUCUGUUGAGAAGGGGAAUAAGGGCUUGAGACAUUUUUCUAUGAAAGUGUGUCAGAAAGUUAAAGAGAAAGGAGUGACUUCAUACAAUGAGGUGGCUGAUGAACUGGUAAAGGAGUUUGCUGAUCCGAAUCGAUCAUCUGGUGAUCAGUCGUUUGAUCAAAAGAACAUCAGACGGAGAGUAUAUGAUGCUCUUAAUGUUUUGAUGGCAAUGAAUAUCAUAUCUAAAGAGAAGAAGGAGAUUAAGUGGAUUGGGCUGCCGACAAACUCAGCACAAGAAUGCCUUGACCUUGAGACAAAGAAGAAAGCCAGCGAAGACAGAAUAAGACAGAAGAAACUGCAGCUUCGGGAACUUAUUCAGCAGCAAAUUGCGUUCUUAAAUUUGGUGAAGCGGAAUCGGGAAAAAGAGUGUAGUGAUGAGAUACCACCUCACAACACGGCUAUACAGCUUCCUUUUAUCAUAGUCAACACCAGCAAAAAGACUGUUAUUGACUGCAGGAUAUCAAAUGACAAGUCCGAAUAUUUGUUUGACUUUAAUAACACAUUUGAGAUUCAUGAUGACAUUGAAGUUUUGAAGCGAAUGGGAAUGGCAUUUGGCAUGGAGAAUGGACACUGCACACCUCAGCAACUGAAGGAAGCACAGGACAUGCUACCAAAGGCAAUGCAACAACAUUUGUUAGAAAUGGUUGAACCUCAAGACCAGCCAUGUCCACCGUUGCUUACACAAUCACCAGUACGUCCUACUGCAGCUGCAUCUAUUCCUGCUUCUCCUUUAGCUCAACCAUUUGAUAGCCCUCACAUUGUUCGACCAGCUCCAGUCUCACCGCAUUCGUCACCAGUUCUUCUUCAUCGUAAUAAUGCUGCUGUCACAGCAAUUGUCGUGUCAGCAGUUGGUGGGCAUUCCUAUGCCAAGCCUCAUCAACAAAAUGCUGCAAUUACUGUCACUAGAAAUUUCAUGAAAGGCCAUCAGUUGUUGAAUAGCGGGACAGCAAUUGUAAAGUCUGAAAGUAAUGGAUUGGAGAAUUGCAGUGCGUAAAUGGUAUUUAGGGUGUAUCAUGCUUAUCAUUUAUACAUUAAUAGCAUGGCAUGGAUUGAGGCAAACGUGUUCGCUCUUAAAGUCUUAAGAAGUACUGUAUGCUCAAUGUGUAUAUAAUACUAGUACAGUACUAGCUAGUCUAUUGUGAUUUCAA